UCAUAUACACCCGUACAUGCGUGUUAAUGCAAACUCCAAACUCGCAUUGUAAAUAAACAAUAUACUAUGAGCAACUGAAGUAACAAAAUGUGAAAAGAACGUAUAACUGUAUUAACAAUGGAAAACGAUUGUUCAGCGAUCGUUUAUGUUGCGAGCGAAGACAAGGAAUUAUCCCUUACAAUUACUUAUGGACAAACAAUUGAAGACCUUUGUAUUAAGGCCUGUAAAUCUCUUGGUAUAGGUCCAGUAGCCAGGCAUCUUUUUACUCUUAGAGAUCAUUAUACGAAACUUUGGUAUCCAUCAGCAUACACCUUGGAAAUGAAAGAUAAAAACAAAUAUGAAUUUAGGUUAAGAUUUAAACCUUCAAGUUUACACAGACUGAAGCAGGUUGACAUAAAAGCCUACGAUUAUUAUUUUCAACAGGCACGUUCAGAUGUUAUGGAUAAUAAGGUACCAGACAUUGUUUAUGAAAGACAUAAACAAGAAUUAAUUGGUCUUGGUGUUAGUGAUAUGUAUAGAGUGAUGUUAGAAAAAAAAAUAUCAAGAGAAACAGUGCAAGCGGAAUACAGAAAAUAUAUUCCUAAAGAAUGUAUAAAGCGUCAUGCAUUUUUUAUUAGAAAACCAAUUCAGAAUGCGCUUCGUAAAAUAUCUGGAUAUGAUGCAAAUUAUGUUAAAGAACAGUAUUUGAAACAAUUUGAAUGUAUGGCACCAAAUUACCCAUAUGAAGAAUAUGAAGCUUUAAUGGAUAGAGGUCUUCAAGAUCCUCCAGCAAAAAUUACUUUAAGAGUCAAUUUUGACGAAGUAAAAUAUUGUGAAACAAUUACUAAUCCAUGGAUUACAUUAUGUGCAAUCGAAGAUUUAUGUUUUGUUUCUAUAAGACAAGAUAACACAGUGGAAAUAUCAAGAAAGAAUGGUAUACCUUCAUACUUAAUAUUUUCAAACAAUGCAAUUUUAGUGUCCUUUGUUUCUGCUCUGGAUGGUUACUAUCGCCUAGCAGUUAAAUGGACAUUUAAUUUAUGUGGAGAAAUUGUCACCCCUUCUUUAGAAAGGUUACAUAAAUUAAAAUGUCAUGGUCCAGUUGGGCAAGAAUUUUCAUAUAUGAAACUCCAAAAAAAGCGUGCUAAUAAACCAGGUUCUUAUAUACUUAGAGAGAGUGAAACAGAGUACAAUGUAUAUUAUUUAGAUGCAUGCAAUAAGGAAGGAAAAUUAUUUUCAAAGAGAAUAGAAGAAAGGAUUGAAUCAGAUGAUUUCACUAUUACUGGUGUUUCUAGUCGAUACAAUACAUUGGCACAAUGUGUCUCAUCUUUCCAAGAUUCUGAUGGACAGCCAUAUCUUUCAGAAUGUUUACCGCCAUCAGAAUAUGAUAAAUCAUCAUUAUUACUUUGUGCUCCUGAAAGUGCAGUUAGUGAAGUUGCAGCUGAUGAACAAAUAGUUGCUUCAGUUUUAGAAAUUGGACCUCGCUGUGUACCUCAAAAUCAGUUAGAAAUUUACAAACCUUUUUUAAGAACUACUAGGCUUCAACAAUGUUCACCAACAGCUCUUUAUAGAGCAAUUUGGAGAUUAACUAAAGGAAAAAAAUUAGAAGUUGCUCUGAAAAUUUUAAAAGAAGAAGAAAUACAUUUUACAAAAGAAUUUUUGGAACUUGCUGGAAAAUGGUCCCUAUUGCGUUCAAGCGCUGUUGUAAGAUUGUAUGGUUUAACAGUAACACCAUCCAUUGGGAUGCUUCUGGAAUUGGUACGACAUGGCUCUCUUGAUGAAUAUUUACGUAGUUCUUCUUCUCAAACUAUCAAAACUGUAGAUAUGGUAGAAGCAACAGCUUGUUUAGCCACUGCUCUUUGGCAUCUUGAAGAGAAUGGUGUAGUUCAUGGUAACAUUAGAUGCAAUAAACUGCUAGUACAUGCCCAUACUAAUAAUAGUUUUGUCGUAAAACUUGCCGAUCCAGGAAUAUUUGUAUAUACAGAAACAGAUAUUCACUGGUUACCUCCAGAAACUUAUAAUGAUCCAGAAUUGGCUAGACAUAGUUUUCAGGCAGAUGUUUGGGCUGUUGGAACAACAAUUUGGCAAAUAUUUGCUAGGGGAGCCACAUUGCAAGAAUUCCGAAAUACUUCUAUUAUGAAGAAAUAUUAUGAAUCUGGAAAACGUUUACCUAUUCCAAAUGGUUGUCCUAUGGACGUAUAUAGGUUGAUGCUUGAAUGUUGGGGAGAUUCAAGUGGUUCUAGAAAACAACCUCAAGCAAUUAUGAGAGACAUUAAUCAAAUUCUGUAUCAAGUAUACAAUUCUCGCAGAAGUCAUACGUACGCAACAGCUUUCCCUAAAACUUUUACUCCUGAAUUGAAAAAAUUUGAGCAAGAUAACCCUGACUCCAGCGAUAAUAGAUCAAUAAAUAGUGAAUCAAGAAGUAGCAGUCUUUCUACAGACAAUACAAGUCUUCAAUGGAAUGGCACUGAUGAUAGUAUGCAAAGUUUAAUUAACACCAAUGAUAAUUAUGCAGGCAGUACAGAAGAUCUCUCUGCAUAUUUAGGUUGGUUAUCUAAUGCAAGAAGAGAUUCAGAAGGGUGUCCAAUUUCUCAAAAUAACAUUCCUAACAUGAACUGUAUUGAACACUCCACUCAAGCUCUGCGAAUAGGACACCCUGGUGAUUUAGGCGAGGUAAUGGGAAGAAAUGAAUCUGGAACAGGAGAAGAUUGUGGGUCUGGAGGAAGUAGCAAUGGUUCUUUAGGUCAAAUGCGAGGCAUUUAUGAAUUAGAUAUCGAUUGUAAUAUAAUUCUACAAGGCAGAAUCGGUCAAGGUUUUUAUGGGGAAGUUUAUAGAGGUACUUUGGAAAGAGAAAAUGGGAAAGAUAUUGAACCACAACAAGUUGCUAUAAAAAAAUUGAAAACAAGAGCACUUGAAGCAGAUAUAAGAGACUUUGAAAGAGAGAUUGCUAUAAUGAAGACCUUGAAACAUCCAAAUGUAGUGGAAAUUCUCGGUGUAAUAUCAGAACCUGAAGUUUGUUUGGUAAUGGAAUAUGUAAAACAUGGUUCAUUGCAAAGUUAUCUAACAAUUCACAAACAAGAAUUGACUCAUAAAAGACUAUUAGGGUUUGCUUUAGAUAUUGCAACAGGAAUGGAUUAUUUAGGUAGUAUGAGUAUUGUUCAUAGAGAUCUUGCUGCAAGAAAUAUUUUAGUUGCAGAUGAAAAUAAAGUUAAAAUCAGCGACUUUGGAUUAGCUCAAGUUACUGGAAAAAACGAUUACUACAUUUUACAAACUGAUCGAGGCCUUCCUAUUAAAUGGUAUGCUCCAGAAAGUAUUAGAGAUGGAAAAUUUUCUACUCGAUCAGAUGUAUGGUCAUUUGGUGUAACAAUGUAUGAAACAUUUGGCUUUGGAGAAGAACCACGUUUACCUGGCCUUGAUUCAAGUAUAGACCGUCUUCAAAAUGAACAAGAAAAAGGAAGUACUGAAUUGUUGGCUGCAUUAGAAAGAGGCACUCGUCUUCCUUGUCCGUCUACCUGUCCACAAGCAAUUUAUGUAAAACUUAUGUAUCCUUGCUGGCAUUUACAAAGCCAUCAGAGACCAGAUUUUGCAACUCUUUGCAAGGAUAUUAAAGAUCUUCUUGCUCAAUACUAAAAAGCAAAGAUAGAAAAUAAAAAAUACAUGUGAAAUUAAGUGUAAUUUAGGCAAAUUCAAC